CCUUUUAUCGAACGAUAACAGUGAUAACAAACAAGAACAGAUGCAAUCUUCAGUAUGUCGUUGCAUCGUAACCGCGACUGAUCGCGUUCUCCUCUCGUUUCGCCUUCCUCAAUCAUGGAACUUCGCGAGAUAGAAAAAUGGGACGUUAUCGAGGAAUAUUCCAAGGAUUUCUCCGAUUUCUUCAGCCUAAUCGACGAGAAUGGGGACGGUUUCAUCAACCUUACGGAGUUGCGAAGCGCGUUGGACAUCUGCGGCUUCAAGAUGCCCGGAUACAAGGUGCGGCAGAUGAUCGAGGAGUACGACGACAAACAGAGGUCGGAGCACAAGGGUCGAUUGUCGUUCGAGGAGUUCGAGAAACUUUGCAAGGAGUUGAAGGCGAACGAAUUGGGAUCCACGUUCAAGCAGGUGGUCUCGAAAAAGGAGAAUUUGGAAACGUUGGGAGGGAUCUCGGAAGCGUCGAGCGAGGGGACCACGCAUUCGGUCAGACUGGAGGAACAGCUCGCCUUCAGCGACUGGAUAAACACGAAUUUGUCGCACGAUCCUGACCUCAAACACCUGCUGCCAAUAGACCCCGAAGGGAAGACCUUGUACGAGAAGGUCAAGGAUGGGAUUCUUCUUUGCAAAAUAAUCAACCACUCCUGCCCGGACACGAUCGACGAGCGAACGAUCAACAAGAAGAGUCUAACCCUGUACAAGAAACACGAGAACCUAACGUUGGCUCUCUCGUCGGCCCAGGCGAUCGGGUGCAACAUCGUGAACAUAGACGCCCAUGACCUGACGAAAGGCUCGCCCCACCUUGUCCUCGGCCUCCUCUGGCAGAUCAUUCGAAUCGGCCUGUUCAACCAGAUCACCCUCGAGAAUUGUCCAGGCCUCGCCACCCUGUUGCAAGACGGGGAGCGAAUCGAGGACCUCCUCAAGCUCUCCCCCGAGUCGAUCCUCCUCAGAUGGGUGAACCAUCACUUGGAGAACGCCGGCAUAGUGAGAAGGUGUCACAAUUUCCAAUCGGACAUCACCGACUCGGAGAUCUACACCUACCUCAUCAAACAGAUCGCGCCCAACACGGCGGGCGUCACUCUCGACGUGGUGAACGGCAUAUACAAGCUGAAUCUCGCCUUCGUCGCCAACAUGUUCAACAAUUAUCCGGGGUUGGACAAGCCGGAGAACAACAUAGGGUUGGAAUCGUUGGAGGAGACCAGGGAGGAGAAGACCUAUCGUAACUGGAUGAACUCGAUGGGCGUGGUUCCCCACGUGAACUGGCUGUACUCGGACCUGGCCGACGGCCUGGUCAUCUUCCAACUUUACGACAUCAUCAAACCGGGCACGGUGAAUUGGAAUCGGGUGCACAAAAAGUUCACCAAGUUGCGCAAGUUCAUGGAGAAGUUGGAGAAUUGCAAUUACGCGGUCGAGCUUGGGAAAACGAUGAAUUUCUCGUUGGUGGGGAUCGCGGGUCAGGAUAUAAACGAUGGCAACGCAACGUUGACACUGGCGUUGAUCUGGCAAUUGAUGAGGUCGUACACGUUGUCGAUCCUCACGUCGUUGGCCGGCACCCAAGGAAGCACCUUGGUCGAGAAGGAGAUCGUCCAGUGGGUGAACUCGAAGCUCCAGGCGGCAGGGAAGGCGAGCGGUAUCAAGGGGUUCCAGGAUUCGUCGAUAGCCGAUGGCAAGGUGGUGAUCGAUCUGAUCGACGCCAUCAAGCCCGGUUCAGUGAAUUACGACCUGGUGAAGGAGGGCGGUACCGAGGAGGAGAACCUGGACAACGCGAAGUACGCGAUAUCCUUGGCCCGAAAAUGCGGAGCGCGAGUAUACGCGCUACCAGAAGACAUAACCGAGGUGAAACCGAAGAUGGUGAUGACGGUGUUCGCCUGCCUGAUGGCGAUGGACUACAUCCCCAAUAUGGAUUCCGUGAAGCAGAAUAACGUGAUGAACAACAGCCAAUAAUAAUGGCGCGCCACGUCCGCGAAACGUCCCCGCGCGUUUUCCACGACGUGCACGGGAGGAACUGAGUGUCGACUGAGUCGCGGUGUAUCGCCGUGUCUCUUUUAUCGAGCGUAACAAUUUGUAUAUAAACUUAGGUUAGGGUAGGCUUGUUUUCCGAAUCGAAAGGAGCAAAAAAAAAAAAAAAGAAAAAAAAGAAAGAAAAAGCAAACAAAAAAACGAAAG